AUUUUGACAACGUCAAAAUUCAAAAUAUAUAUAACCUCAAUAUUUGUUUCCUUCACGAAAAUCGUAUAUUUAACGUUUACCAAAAAUCGUUUAUAUUUACAAAAAUGUCUCUAGCUGAUGAAUUGCUUGCUGAUCUUGAAGACAACGAUCCAGAUGACUUCGAAGAACAGAUGGAAGAAAUUCCCGAGGAGGAAAUUAAAGAAGAAAAACCAGAUUUAAAAGACUUGUUGAUGGAACAAGAAAGUGUACAAAUAAAUUCAGUCAGAGAAAUUUGCAAACUUAGGGAUUCUGAAACAUUACAACAAAUAAUGGAGCAGAUAGAAGGGUUUGGCACAAAGAUUCGGAAAUCUGUAGAUAUAGUAGGUCCCGUUGAAACAGAUCCCGAAUAUCAGUUGAUAGUUGAAGCUAAUAAUGUAGCCCAAGAUAUUGAUAACGAAAUAAUAGCUGUGCAUAAAUUUGUUAGAGAUAAAUACCAGAAAAGGUUUCCAGAAUUAGAAUCCCUAGUUGUCAGUCCUUUAGAAUAUUUGAGAACUGUAAAAGAGCUGGGAAAUGAUUUGGAUCAGGCAAAAAAUAAUGAAAUAUUGCAGCAGUUUUUAACACAGGCUACUAUUAUGGUUGUGUCAGUAACUGCUUCAACGACACAAGGUACAUUGUUAACAAAAUUUGAGAAAGAACAAAUUGAUGAAGCUUGUGAUAUGGCAAUGGAGUUAAAUAGUUUUAAGUUAAGAAUUUAUGAAUACGUAGAGAGUCGGAUGGCUUUUAUUGCUCCUAAUAUAUCAGUAAUUUUGGGAGCUUCUGUUGCUGCUAAGAUAAUGGGCGUUGCUGGAGGUCUUACUAGACUUUCAAAAAUACCAGCUUGUAAUGUGCUACUUUUAGGGCAACAGAAAAAAUCCCUGUCCGGGUUUUCACAGUCCACAAUGUUACCUCAUACAGGAUUUGUUUAUUAUUCGGACAUAGUGCAAAAUACACCUCCAGAUUUAAGAAGAAAAGCUGCAAGAUUGGUGUCUACAAAAUGUACUUUGGCAGCUAGAGUUGAUGCUUGUCAUGAGAGUACUGAUGGUCAUAUAGGUAGACAAUUAAGAGACGAAAUUGAGAGAAAAUUGGAUAAAUUGCAAGAACCUCCUCCUGUAAAAUUUAUUAAACCUUUACCAAAGCCAAUUGACCAAUCAAAAAAGAAGAGGGGAGGUAAAAGGGUUCGUAAAAUGAAAGAAAGAUAUGCAUUAACAGAAUUUAGGAAACAUGCUAAUAGAAUGAAUUUUGCUGAUAUAGAAGAUGAUGCGUACCAAGAAGAUUUGGGUUACACCAGAGGAACAAUAGGAAAAUCAGGAACUGGAAGGAUAAGAUUGCCUCAAGUAGAUGAAAAAACAAAAGUAAGAAUAUCAAAGACUUUACAAAAAAAUCUACAAAAGCAACAAAUUUGGGGUGGUAGUACAACAGUCAAAAAACAAAUUUCUGGUACAGCUUCCAGUGUAGCAUUCACACCAUUACAAGGUCUGGAAAUAGUAAAUCCUCAAGCUGCAGAAGUUAAAGUGAAUGAAGCAAAUGCUAAAUACUUUUCUAAUACUUCAGGUUUCGUUAAAUUGGACAAAAAGUAGAAAAUUUUGUAUUUAUAUUAAUAUAUAAUCUCUUUUAUCUGUAUGGAAUUAAACUUUUUAAAAUAAAAUUAAAUCACAAAA